GGGAGUUGCCGCGGUCGUCCGUCCCCAUUUGGCCUGCUGCUACCCUCCGUCAGCCGCAACGAUCGGUCGCCCGGUUGCCUCCGUGGAUGAGUGAAGGGUUGAAGAUCUCAUGUUGAACUCCGAAGACAGAACAGCUGGUCCGAGCUUCAGAGAAACAAUUCUGCCACUUCUUGCCGCCUUGGAUUGACCUCAUCCAUGAGCCAGCAUCAUAGAGAGCCUCCAAGCGUCUCAUAUUGAAUCUUAUAAGUCGAGGUCGUCAACGUCACUUUCCCCGUCAAUAUAUACGGUUUUACCAUUGUUUCUUGCACAUUCCGACUCUUGAGCCACUAUUCCGCGAAGCUUUUGGAUUCAACCUUCAAGAUGGGCAAGGUCAACUGGUGGCUAUGGACCAAAAUGCUUGUGGCCGGAGGGGGUGUUAUUUGGGGUGGUCCAGCUCUCGUUAGAUAUCUUCAACCGACAGACGAAGAGCUCUUCCAGAAGUACAACCCGGAGCUUCAAAAGCGCAGCUUGGAGAGGAGGUAUGAACGUGAGAAGGAGUUUGACGACUUUGUGGUCAAGCUGAAGGAGCAGGCGAAAUCCGAUAAGCCGAUCUGGAUUCUUCAAGCGGAGGAAGAGAAGGCCAAUGCCACCAACAUGGCUAGACAGCAGAAGCUCACUGAAAGUUUGAGACUUGCCGAGGAAGUCAAGGCAAGAAAAGAGGCCAUGAGAAAAGAGGCAGGACUGCCAGUGGAUUCGGGCAAGCAAGGCAAGUAA